UAUUUGAAUUCGUUAUAAAGUGCUUUUGGUUGUGAUUGCAUAGAAAAGUAUCCGAAAAUAACCCUUUCAACAUGCUCAGUCGUCGAUAGAUAAAAUGUUAUUUUAUAUUAAAACACACUUAACGUUAAAUGGCGCACUAGCGCAGUUUGGCGGGGUUGGUUUAGUAGAGUCGCGCUAACGUCUGGUUCACUGCAGGAUCCGUAUUUUUAAUGCGUAUAAAAGAAAUCGAAACCAAACCAGAGGGAUCGUUUAGUUUAAUUUUCUUCCCUUAAACUGGACCCGAUGCGUUAUGCCACCAGCGCUAAUGGAUGAGGAUGGAAAGGGUGGACUGGCCGGGGGACAUCCUGUCACUGGUGGCCCAGGAGGCCAGUGCACUGGUGGAAUUGCUCUGCGAACAAAACAGUGGUGUUCUGGAUCGGAUCUUUGCCUUAGUGGAACCUAAAACACUGGAUCACAGACAGUCACUGACCAACACCAGAGACCGUGUCUCAGCCAUUGUAGAUUACUUUAAGUCUUCAGACCGAAACUCAUGUAGACGGUUUCUCACCAUUGUAUAUCAGUACAGUGAAAACAUUCCCCUUCUUCUUGAAACUACACUGGUGUCCAUAGCAGGAUACACACCUGGAACAAACUUCAAUCAUACAUGUGAGACUGUCGAAUCUUCACCUUCACCAUAUGUGAAACGUCCACGACUAGAUCAUUUACAGAGCUACAUGGAUGCUCUUAAAUCCAUGGUACUGCAAAAAUAUGAGUCAGUGGCACAAGCUGUAGUAAAGGACAUCCGUCUGGAAGACACAUGGGUGUAUUUAAGACACAGGAACCCUCCACGAGGGAAAGACAGGACCAUCCAGCCUCAAGCCUCUCUAGACAACCAUGAAGGAGAAGAGUCAGAGCAUAAAGUGUCUGUUGAGUCUCUUUUGAAAACCACCAGCAGGGUUGUCACGCUGCUGGGCCAGGCUGGAUCUGGUAAGACCCUGCUGGUUCACUGCCUCGGUCGUGACUGGGCUGAAGGUUCCUUCCCAUCUAUUCACCUGCUGUUCCUGCUGGAGUUCCGGCAGCUCAAUCUUAUCUCACGUGAUUUGUCCUUGAAAGAACUACUCUUUCUCUUCUAUCCUGCUGGUGAUGAUGAUGAGGAACAAAGUGAUGCAGUGUUUGAAUUCAUCCUCUCCAACCCUGAGAAGGUCUGCUUCAUAUUUGACGGGUAUGAUGAGUUUCGUGCCAAGCUUACGCAUCCUGAAAAGCUGGAGAGCAUCAAUGACCCAAACAAACCUCUUCCAUUGACAGAUCUCCUCUCAGGACUGUGCAGUCGUAGAUUCCUUCCAGAUUGCACUGUGUUGGUCACCUGUAGACCACGAGAUGUGACUGACAUGUUUGGAAGCCCUGGCUUCAUAACCUGUGAGCUACAAGGGUUUGACCGAUUGGGUGUGAAGGAAUAUGCCGAGCAAUACUUCCAUAAAAAAGGAGAUGAACUCAAAAAGAAAGCUGUAAACUUGUUGACGAACAACCGACACCUCUUGUCAAUGUCUCACGUACCUGGACUCUGUCAUAUUUGCUGUGUAUGUAUGGAACAUCUGUUCUCCAGUGAUGGAACUGAUCUACAGCUACCAACGUCCUUAACCCAAAUCUACAUGCAGAUCCUCUUGGCGUUCCUCAAACGCAUCAAUGGAGGUGUGGUGUCUGGUACAUCUCCACUGCAGAGAUACAGAUCUAAAAUUGUUGAGAUGAGUCAGUUGGCCCUCAAAGGACUGGAGGAAAGCACUAUAGUCUUCAUGGACACAGAUGCGUCUCCAGAGCUCCAGGAAUUUGGUGUUAAAAGCGGGAUACUGUCUUGUGUGAAACUGACUCGUGAGGAUGGAUCUUCAGGAUAUGGUUUCACGUUCAUGCACCUUACAAUGCAGGAGUUUCUCGCUGCUCUCCACCUCAUGACCAGUCAGAACAUCACUGAGAGUCAACUUAAGAAGAAGCUUAACUUGAAAACCCGCUGGACCACCAAGAUUGAUCCAAAAUCCGUUUUUACAGACUCUCUCCAUGUUUACGUAUGUGGGCUUGCGGCAGAGGCCUGCAAGUCCAGUUUGGUCCAACUUAAAGGGACCGAGGGCAUUACGGCUUGGGUACAAAAGCGGCAAGCUACCGUCCGUAAUGUUUUGCUGGGUUUUGCAGGAAGUACCAGUCAAACAGGCCCCAAAAUUGUGGAGCUGUGUCGAUGUGCUCAUGAGACUCAAGAUGCUAAGUUGGCAAGAGCUAUUGGUUCGAGACCACAGUUUGAACUGCGAAAUAUCAGACUCAAUGCAGUUGACAUGGAUUCUUUAGCAUUUGUGACAGCAGCUGCUGAUCAGAAUGUAUGUCUGGACAUUGGUGGCUGUUCAAUUGAUCCGGAUUGUUUGGAAAUUCUCCCUAGUUUCAAGAAUGUGGAUCAUCUCAUUUUCCGUAGCCGGAAAUAUGAUGACAAGUUUGCAGAGGCUUUGUGUGGUAUCCUGUGUAAACUCCAGGCUUUGCAGAAAUUAGAUUUUAUCAGUGGUGGUCUCACUGAUGUUGGAGCUGCUAAACUUGCCAGGGCUUUAAAGGAUUGUCCACACAUCACUCACCUCAAUGUUAGUGAUAACUCUUUGAACGAUGAAGGUAUAACAGAGAUUGCGGAAACACUAUGCAGACUGCCCAACAUUGUCUCUGUCUUGAUGGGGAAGAACAGCAUCUCCACAGAUGGAAUCCUCACACUCGUUGAGAGAAUGUCUGCCUGCAACUCUGUUCAGAAAGUCCAUGUUGAGGCCAAUAAAGACAUCAGCCUUUUCUUCUCACAAAGCUCUGAUAAAGUCUGUGAAAACACAGAUUUGAAUAACACAGAAGAGCCAAAGAAUGUAAUGUUAAAGCAGUGUAACAUCAAUGUUUCCAAUGUAAUCAGCCUGUGUAAUAAACUCGGGGGCUUUUCCUACAUAACCCUUGUAGAUUUGUCCAACAAUUCACUGGGUAACAAGGGCCUGAAGAAGAUUCUGGACCUUCUACCUAAACUAGGAAUGAUUCAGGAGAUCAAUGUCAGUGAAAAUGGUGUUGAUAUGGAUGGGGUCGUGAUGCUUGCUUCUGCCCUUUGUAACCAGAAGAACCUGAGGAAAGUGGAUGCAAGUGAAAAUGGAAAGAAAAAGCUGGUUCUUUGGUUUGACACCAGCAGACGGCAUAAUUCAAGACAGCUGACCCCAAAUGUAACUGGGAUACAUCUGCAUAAAAAACUCAGUUUAACCCGUAGUGAUAUCAAACCUGUCUACAUGACCAAGCUGUGUAAGCAACUGGUAAAAUGUGAAAACCUACUGGACAUUGAGUUCUCCCAUCUAAAAUUAUCAAAUGAGUCUGUAGAGAAGUUGAUGUUGAUUCUUCCUGAAAUGUCUUCUCUUCAACUACUGAACCUAAGUCAUGUUGACCUGUCUACAAAUGGGGCUUUGUUAUUGAUCAGAUCUCUUGCUGACUGUCAGCGUGUCACAGCUGUAGAACUGAGGCACCAGGCAGAAGCAUUCAUCAAGUUUGUUCCUGAAAAGGCAGAGGCAGCAAUUUGCAAGCUCACAGAGUAUAAACUGUGCAAAAGCAAUGUCGAGAAGCUCUCAAGGAUACUGGAAAACUGUCCUCGCCUAUCUGAAUUGGAUUUGUCUCAUAACCUUCUUCAUGAUGAAGGGGUGAAAUGUUUUGUUGACUAUUUGCCUAAACUAAAGAUCUCCAGCUCGGUGAGCCUCACCGGUAACCAAAUAACUCAAGUCGGGGCACUGCAUCUGGUCAACUCAAUGAACACCUGUGAGAAAGUUGUUGCUGUUGAAGUCAGUCUUGGAGUGGAAGAUCAGUCUCUGAUUAAGUUUGUGCAGGAACAUGUCAAUGGCAAAACUCUUAGGCUAAGGGAGUGCAGUUUUGAGGUCAUACACUUGAAGAAGCUUGUGGAAAUAGUGAACAGAUGCCCUAGACUACUUACAUUAGAAUUGUCUUCUAAUUCACUGCACAGUCAAGGCCUUUUCUCUCUACUGGACAGCCUGGUUGAGCUCUCCACAAUCCAAACUGUGAAAUUAAGAAGUAAUGGUCUGAGUUCUGAGCAGAUUGAGUAUUUUGUUAAAAAGUUAAGUAGCUGUCACCAACACAGAGACACCAGGAUUGAAGAGCCGUGGCUGACAGGAAAUGCUGUUGCCAGUCUCAUUGCCAAAUGCCUAAAUUUGCAGCCACACAUCAAAGAAAUCAGCGUCAACCGUGCAUCCAUAAACAUCAUUACAGAGGGAAAUUCCAGUCCUAGAUCCACUUUUGUAGGUCAUUCUGAAAACUUCUCACCUGCUCUGCAGUCCAUCAGCUUUGAUGACUGUGACAUAGAAGGACAGCAUCUCGCUCCUCUGACACUUCCCAUUCAGAAAUGUCAUGCCUUGCAGGAUUUAAGAUUCUCUCAGCUCAAAGUGGACAGAAAAGGUGCAGAUUUUUUUUCUGCGGUCAUUCCCUUCUUACGGAAUCUCAGGAACCUCACUCUUGAUUUGAAAGGAGCAGCUGAGGAUGAGGUGGCAACACUUAUGGAAGCAUUACCAAAAACUACAUCAUUUGAGAGUUUGAGUUUGUCCCAGCUUGUUUUAGGUGACCAUGGAGCUACAGUACUUGAAAGAGCACUUCAAAGUGUGCCAAAUCUAAAGUCGAUCAAUCUGUCCCAGUGCUCUGGUUGGACAGCAGCUCGAGGGCGGGACCUGGUCAGAGGUCUGGUGCAGUGUGUCUCGCUGGCAGAGAUACGACUUGACUCUGUGAUACUUGAUGAGGAGGGUAUAACCAUUCUAGCUCAAGGCUUCAGCCGUUUGACCUCACUUAGGAGGCUCAGCUUGAACAAAAUCAGAGUGGUGACAUCAGAGACAUUUGUGAAUGGCACUGGCAUACUCUGUCUACUGGCCUCUUUUAAGGGUUUUAGACAGAUGGAAGAGAUUGAGUUGGAAAGUUGGAGAAUUGGAGACAGUGGUACUUAUGAACUUGUGAAAUACAUUCCUUCAUGGACUGAACUAGUAAAACUAAGUCUGUCAGACAACAAUGUGACUGACCAGGCUGGAGAGAAGCUAUUGGCAGCACUAUCCCACUGCAGAGUUCUUCAGAAACUACAGCUGUCCAAAAACCAACUUGGUCAAGCCAGUGCUGCUAAACUAGCACAAGUCGUUCCGUUACUGCCUCAGCUUUCAGAACUCAAUUUGUCAGAGAAUCAGUUUGGCCAACAAGGAUCCAUGUCUCUUUGUGAAGGUCUGAUGAGCAUGAAAGCACUAAAAAUACUACAUUUGACUUCGAUUGGGAGUUCAGAUCUGGUUGGUGUUGCCUCAUCCCUCAAACACUGUCCAUCCAUAGAGGACGUCAGCUUGUCAUGGAAUUUAUGUGAUGACAGCCUGGCACGGACACUGGCUGAGAUUCUACCCCUGUGUACAAAGCUGAAAAGACUUGACCUGGAGGCCAAUAAUAUCACCACAGCAGGAGCCACAGUAAUAGCCAAAUGCCUCCCAUCAUGCCCCUCCAUUGAAGUAAUAAGACUCUGGAGGAACCCAAUUACCAAAGAAGAUGAGAAUCUGAAAGAUCAGAGACUGAAUUUUUCAUCAGUUUAACCACUUAUGUUUUCCUCCGUUUUUUUUCUUCAUUUUUUUUAUAUUGUAAAUAAUAUUGGUGAAGUGCUAUUACCAGAUUUUAAGAUUGAGUUAUUUAAUCGGGGAACACAUUACCUCAUUAGAGCAAUUCAUUACACAAAAAAAAACAACAACACAGUUUCCAGCUGUUCAGGGACUUGAAUCAUUGAAUGUCCAUCUAAUGGAAAUAGUAGGCUCUGGUAAAUAAAGAGAAUGAGCAGGCAACACUUACUACCCCCCCCAAAUGCAAAUGCCAUCAAUUGCAUUACCUUUACAAGAGAUUUACAUUUUCUGUGGAUUUUCUAACUUGCAAGAAUUAGAAACAAUGAAAAUGUGACUAAUUAGCACAGUGAAGCAUGCAGGCAGCUCUCUUGUAAAGUUCAGCACAGUCAUGCUCUUUGCUUAUACACUGCCAUAAGAGCCCAGACCUCCAUUAGGGGCAUUCAUGCAUUUAUCAACCCUGGACACAAACCACCAUGUUGUGUUCUCCUUUAAAUUACGUCUUUAUGUCUGUAUUUUACUUGAUCUAUUCAGCUUUUACCUAUAAAUUGUUUUAUUUUAUUUUAUUUUUGGAAUGUGGCACCUGUAAGGUGAAAUUGCUCAGUUUUUGUGGUAAACGCACAAACAUCCUCUCUGAUAGCUGCACUGAUAAAUUUGUAUUCUAUUCAUGUGUUUUUUAUGUGCACUUUAAAUUUAA